GUCCAAAGCUUUUCAUAAGUAGAAUCCAGUUUGUUUUUAGGUGCAGUCAUUCUCCAGUUUCAAGCUGGUCCAGGUUUUCCUCUGAGGAACCAGCACCACGACUUCAGGUGGACUCAAAAGCAGUCAUGGCUUCCUCCAGCAGUCUCCUGUCUGAAGAUCAGCUCCAGUGCUCCAUCUGUCUGGAUGUGUUCACUGAUCCAGUCUCUACUUCAUGUGGACACAACUUCUGCAUGGUCUGUCUCAACGAGUGCUGGGAUAGCAGUUCACACUGCCAGUGUCCAGUCUGUAAGACCGAUUUCUGUAGAAGACCUGAACUGUCUGUGAACACGUUCAUCUCUGGACUGGCUGCUCAGUUCAAGAAGUCAGUUCAGGUCAAAUCCAGCAGAGCUCCAGAGAAAUCUGCCAAACCUCAGGUGCUCUGCGAUGUCUGCUGUGAAAAGAGAAGUGCAGCUCUGAAGUCCUGCCUGAUCUGCAUGGCCUCUUACUGCAAGACUCAUCUGGAUCCUCAUGAGAGAAUCGCUUCAUUCAGGAAACACAAGCUGAUGGACCCUGUGGAGAACCUGGAGGACUACAUCUGCCAGAAACAUGAGAGACCCCUGGAGCUGUUCUGUAGAGACGACCAGACAUGUGUGUGUCAGUUCUGCACUGAGACAGACCACAAGACUCACAGCACUGUUCCUAUAGAGGAGGAGAGUGAAGAGAAGAAGACUCAGCUGGUAAAGACCCAGGCUGAAGUUCAGCAGAUGAUCCAGGACCGACUGAAGAAGAUUGAGGACAUCAAACAGUCUGUAGAGCUCAAUAAAAAAAGCACAGAGAAGGAGAAAGCAGACAGUGUGGAGGUCUUCAGAGCUCUGCUGCACUGCAUUGAGAGAAGCCAGGCGGAGCUGCUUGAGGUGAUGGAGGAGAAGCAGAAAGCAGCAGAGAGGCAGGCUGAAGAGUUCAUUAAAGAGCUGGAGCAGGAAAUCACUGAGCUAAAGAUGAGAGACACUGAGCUGGAGCAGCUCUCCCACACUGAGGACCACCUCCACCUCCUACAGGUUUACCCGUCCCUCUGCAGCCCUCCACCCACCAAGAACUGGACUGAGGUCAGGAUUAACUCUCAUCUGAGGGUGGAGACUCUGAGGAGAGCUCUGACUCAGCUUCAGGGAGAACUCAGUAAGGAGAUGAAGAAGCUUGAUGCGACUGAACUGAAGAGAAUUCAGCAGCAUGCAGUGGAUGUCACUCUGGAUCCUGACACAGCUCAUCCUGAUCUCAUCCUGUCUGAUGAUAGAAAACAAGUGAGAGAUGAAGAUGCAGAACGGAAUCUCCCUGACAAGCCAGAGAGGUUUGAUCGUUGUACUGGUGUGCUGGGAAAGGAGGGGUUCUCCUCAGGGAGGUUUUAUUAUGAGGUUCAGGUCAGAAAGAAGACUGACUGGGAUCUAGGAGUGACCACAGAGUCCAGUAACAGGAAGGGAGAGCUUAUUCUAGGUCCUAGGAAUGGAUACUGGAGUAUGUUACUGAGAGAUAAGGGAGUCUAUGUGGCUCUGAACUCUACCCAUGUCUGCCUCUCCCUGAAACAGGCUCCCCAGAAAGUGGGGGUGUUUGUGGAUUAUGAGGAGGGUCUGGUCUCCUUCUAUGAUAUUAAGGCCAGGUCUCAUAUCUACUCUUUCACUGGUCAGUCUUUCACUGAGAAACUCUAUCCUUUCUUCAGUCCCUCCCUCAAUGAAGGAGGUAAAAACUCAGCACCGCUGAUCAUCACACCUGUUGAACAAUAUAUCAUGGCUUCCUCCAGCAGUCUCCUGUCUGAAGAAGAGCUCCAGUGCUCCAUCUGUCUGGAUGUGUUCACUGAUCCAGUCUCUACUCCAUGUGGACACAACUUCUGCAGGAUCUGUCUCAAAGAGUACUGGGACAGCAGUUCACGCUGCCAGUGUCCCUUAUGUAAGACAGAAUUCCCCAAAAGGCCUGAACUACGAGUGAACACGUUCAUCUCUGGACUGGCUGCUCAGUUUAAGAUCUCAGAUCAGGUGAAACCCAGCAGAGCUCCAGAGAAACGACCCUCCAAACCUACAAAUGUUCUGUGUGACUCCUGCUCUGGGGAUCAGCUGGAGGCUGUAAAGUCCUGUCUGGACUGUGGAGUCUCUUACUGUGAGACUCAUCUGAUGCCUCAUAAAACUGCGGCUAAACUGAAGAAGCACAAACUGAUGGACCCUGUGGAGAACCUGGAGGACUACAUCUGCCAGAAACAUGAGAGACCCCUGGAGCUGUUCUGUAGAGACGACCAGACGAGUGUCUGUGACCUUUGCAGUGAGACAGACCACAAGACUCACAGCAUUGUUCCUAUAGAGAAGGAAAGUCAAGUGAAGAAGACUCAGCUGGGAAUGAAACAGUCAGAAGUUCAGCAGAUGAUCCAGGACAGAGUAAAGAAGAUUAAGGAAAUCAGAUGCUCUGUAGAUCUCAAUAAAAAAAGCUCAGAGAAGGAGAAAGCAGACCGUGUGGAGGUCUUCAGAGUUCUGCUGCACUGCAUUGAGAGAAGCCAGGCGGAGCUGCUUGAGGUGAUGGAGGAGAAGCAGAAAGCAGCAGAGAGGCAGGCUGAAGAGUUCAUUAAAGGGCUGGAGCAGGAAAUCACUGAGCUAAAGAGGAGAGACACUGAGCUGGAGCAGCUCUCCCACACUGAGGACCACCUCCACCUCCUACAGGUUUACCCGUCCCUCUGCAGCCCUCCACCCACCAAGAACUGGACUGAGGCCAGGAUUAACUCUCAUCUGACGGUGGAGCCUCUGAGGAGAGCUCUGACUCGGCUUCAGGAAGAGCUCAGUAAGGAGAUGAAGAAGCUUGAUGCGACUGGUACGUGGCAUCAGGAGAUUAUGACUGAACUGAAGAAAAUUCAACAGUAUGCAGUGAAUGUGACUCUGGAUCCCGUUACGGCAAAUCCUUAUCUCAUCCUCUCUGAUGAUGGGAAACACGUGGCACUUCGAAACAUACAACAGAAUCUUCCCAACAAUCCAGAGAGGUUUGAUCGCUGUCCCUGUGUGCUGGGAAAGGAAGGAUUCUCCUCAGGGAAAUUUUACUAUGAGGUUCAGGUCAGUGGGAAGACUGACUGGGAUUUAGGAGUGGUCCGAGAGUCCAUUGACAGGAAGGGGGAGAUUACAGCCAGUCCUAAAGUUGGUUACUGGAUGAUGUUUCUGAGAAAUGCGACAGAAUAUACUGUUGUGGACAAAUCAUGUGUGCCCCUCUACUUGAAACAGGCUCCGCAGAAGGUGGGGGUGUUUGUGGAUUAUGAGGAAGGUCUGAUCUCCUUCUAUGAUGCUGAGGCCAGGAUUAAACUUUAUUCUUUUACUGGUCAGUCUUUCACUGAGAAACUCUAUCCACUAUUCAGCCCUUAUGUGAAUUCCGGAGGUAAAAAUUCAGCUCCAUUGAUCAUCACACCUGUUGAGCAGUGUAAAUGAGGUUAAUUUACCCCAUAAACCGAAUCAGUCACAUGUAUCCUAAAACCCAUUAAACAAUGAAUAUACAUAAUAUGUAAUAUGCACAAUGAAUAUACAAACUCAAGAUUUAAGUCAAUGGAUGAAUCUCUAGGUUUGUACCAGUUAUAUUCUGUAAACGAUGCAUGCAUUUUAUUCUUCACAUCAGUUUAAAAGAAUAUUCCUAAGCCUUUCUCCACAUGCAUACAACAGUGCUGGUUUUAGCAUUCAUGUCUAUGUGAAUAUACAUUUUAGAGAGGAGCACUUUUAAAGCCUGAGAACAGGGGAGGACCCCGGGUUGGAGUGGUGCAUUAACCUGGGGCCUGUUUCACAGAUUUUCCCACUCAGCAGAAAUGCAAUCAUCUUUAACGCUUAUAUAUGUUAAUAUUAUCUGUUAAUUAUAUAUAUAAUUGCGCUCACUUGAUCUAAUGUUUGGACCAAGACCUAAAUUGAUACUUUUGAACCCAUUUUUAAAGCUCAUUGUGUUGUUUUAAAAAUGAUGAAAUAAUACUGCAUUCUGAAUAAAUACAAAAUGUUCACCAAAAGAAAACAAUAGACAAAAGCUAAACUAAUUUAAAGAUUAUGUUGUUUAAAAGAUGAGAAUUUUCCUAGUGUUGUUUUCAUACCCAGUUUUGUGCUCAGUCUGAUUUUCUCUCUAAUACUUAGCUUGUAUUGUCUCUGUUAUCUAUACGCUGUCCUAUACCUUAAACUUUUUCAAAUGAGCAAGUAAAUAGCUAAGCUAUUAACAGCUAUGUUAUUUUGGUCUAUUUGACUUUUGUUAGAGUAGUAGAAGGGCCACUUUGCUGUUUUCUUUGACAAAUGCGUUUAUGCUUUAGAAAUGAAUAAAGAUUUUGGCUCGCA